CCCUGUCCUGCUGACGUCAUCCGACCCUGAGCGGCUUCACGUUUUCCUGCCGUGACCUCGGAUCUGUGCGUGGAUUGUGGCGUUAGUUCUGAUUAAAAUAAAAUAAAAGCCAGCGGUAACAGGCUAAAUAGGUCUCCGGCUCCCAGCACAUUGUCCCCGCGCACACAGAAGCUCCCGGACAGCAGCAGCGGCUCAGUGAGCAGGACAUGGCCGGAGUCGAGGAGCUUUCCCCCGCGGCGGGCCCGCUGGUCACCCGGCCCCCGGAGGACGAAAUAGACGACGAUGAAGACGAGGAUAUGGAUGAGACAGUGAUGGAGAGGUUGUGGGGCCUGACAGAGAUGUUUCCUGACUCUGUGCGUGUCGCUGCUGAGGUGUCUGCACAAUGCUCUGUUUCUCUGGCCAAGACGUUUUACAGCUUUUCCCGCUCUGCGCUCUGGGUGGGCACUACCUCCUUCAUGAUCCUGGUGCUCCCUGUUGUGUUCGAGACGGAAAGACUACAACUGGAGCAGCAGCAGUUACAGCAGCAGAGACAGAUCUUAUUGGGGCCCAACACUGGGAUGUCUGGUGGGAUGUCGGGCAUGAUGCCUCCUGCGCCUGGAAAGAUGUGAGGAACAGAAGAGGACGUCAGUCUGAGACCUGCUGCCACCAACACAACAGGGUCACCCACAAGGAGAGGCAGCGAGACCACGGAGAAGAACAAAGAAAUGUAGUUUCAUGAAUAAAGGCAAAAGCUGCGUAUGGCUCCCUCCAACAGAUUGUUGGUUAAUUGGAUCAGUAGAGGAGUGUAUGGUGCCCAGCAUGUCCUUCUCACUGUCUCUCCUUAUUCCCACUGUCAUGCAGAGACUAAUUUCCAGAAGCACUGCUUCUGUUUUCAUGGUUUAUUUCUUUCUUUCUUUCUUUCUUUUUUUAAAUUAAAACUUGUUUCACCCCAACUUAUGUGUCAUUUAGAUGAUAGUAGUUGUAGGUGAAUACAUGAGAACAGGAAUGUUUCUGUUUUGGGGAAUUAUGUUAAUGUAUUUCCGGGGCUCAUUUGUCAGUGGAGAAUGGUGUUAGUAAUAUUUGACAGGUGCAAAGUAUUUGGAUAAAAGGAGUUACUGUAAACAUUAAUGUUUGUUAAAAGAACAACUUUUGAAGUUUAAAAAAAAAUGUACUUAGUCUUUUCUAUGUGGUAUUUUUUUUAUUUUUUGUUUCUACAUUUGUCACAAUUCACUCUUCCAUUAUGUGUCUGUCAAACUGCAAUGUCUGCCACCUCAUGCGUGUCACGGUUGUUCUUAUGUUAUUCUGAUUGAAACACCAGGUUUCAUGCUGUUCAGAAUGAAAAUGAGGAUUUUUCUUCAGUAGUAUCUGAAACGCUUCAUUACGUUGGAAUUUUAGACAGGAAAACCUGUUUGAUGCCAAUAUCAAACUGACAAACAAUCUUAAAAUGUUUCUCUUGUCAUUUAUGCUAUAAUUCACAUUCUCUUACACCCAAACAGACUGAUUUCAUUGCUUUUUGUCCAGCAUGACUGCUUAAAUUAAAAAGUCAAAUGAAAUAGAAAGUGUUUUUUUUCUUUUCUUAAUUUUAGCAUGGUUGGUGGUGGGUUUUAAUAAAACUGAUGUAUUACAUGUAAUAAGAUCCACAACGUCCCAAAACACACUGAUUAGAAUUCAAAGUCUGCACACAAUGAGUUGAAUCUGAAUAAAAGUAUUUGUAAAUU